AGCCGCGUAGUAGCGCAUGCUGAAAGCCGCGCGACUAUCGAUCCAUCCGCACCCCCGAGCUCGCUCCCGCUCGUCCUCACAAGCCUCGCAAACGUCGCCACCGAGCAACCCGUCCCGGCACACCACCGAACGCUGGGGGUGCCGAUUUGCGACUCCGUGUGCGACUCGUUACCGUCUCGUGCUCCCCGUCUCGUCGAUCGGCCAUCAGGAGUGCACCAGGAGGCGAGGAAGUUGCGGCAACGCCAUGUCACGUCGCGGCGAACACGGCAGGGCGAUCCUCCUACUGUGGUGUGUCUCAGGUAUAGCGCUAAGUGUCUCUCUCCCUUCGCCGAUGCCACUUAAAUUGGAGGAGCAACUACGUUACACCACACGUAGGACACUGAAAGUCUUUGUAGACAUGCCCACUCCGAGAACGAGAAUACCUUUUUCGGUAGCCAACUCCGAGCUGAAAAGAACCACGACCAUGCCCUCAACCACGACGACCACACACAGAGCACCCUCCUCCGAACAACCUUUGUACCGAUUGGAUAGAAGCAACGGGCAAGCCUGCAUACUUCUUCAAGUGGAUGCGUUGAUCACCAUAAAGUAUCGCACGAAGCUCGGGGACAACCGGGACGCAGGCAUCUACGUGCCCAGCGACGCGAUCGUAACCGGAAACUGCGACAACGAGAAUACGGUGACGAUGUCGCUCAAAUGGGAACACUACGUGUUGUCUUGGAGUUUUGCAAAGACACCCGGUGGCGAACGCUGGUACGUCGAGAAGAUUGAACUGAUCUACAACUCUAGCGACAAACACUUCGAGCACAUUGAUCAGCCGAACAAGACUAUUCGAUUGAGCACUGGCCAGAAGCACAGUUCCAUGCUGUUCCCCACGCCAGUCGGCAAAUCGUACGCCUGCGCCAACGAAACCCAAAUUCCGCUCACCGACGGCAAGAAUCACGCCACCGUAUUUCUAUGGAACAUCAAGCUGCAGCCGUUCAAGUUCAAGAACAACGAGUUCGCCGCCGAGUUCUCGUGCACUGCGCUGAGCGCGCGCGCCGGAAGAGAUGAGACCGCGCCGGUAGCGGUCGGCUCCACGCUGGCCGCCGCGGUCCUCCUGACGAUCACCGGUUACGCGGCCUAUCGAUACUUCAAGGUGAAGAAAGUCAAGUACGACACGAUGGAGUAAGGAACCCCAGAAGAGGAUCCCACUGUCACGACGAUGCCAAAGCAGCAAAGCGUACCGCCAAAAAGGAAUAAGAACAACGCCGCGGUGAUCGCGAACGGGCGACCACCGCAGUUUUAAAGCACCACCCCCGACCAUCCCCUCGCGCCAGCCGAAAUCAGAGAUUCAUCUAGUUCUCCGUUGGACGCUUCUUCUUCCUCGCGAGGCGCACGCAUCGGCGGAUUUCUCGCCGGGACGAUUCGCAAUCGUCGCUGAUGGAAUCUUGAUGAGCGGAUCGGCGAGAUGGAAAUCCGGCGAUGUUAAAGCGGGUUCCGAGCAGGCGAGAUAUCAUACAGAGAUACCCUUUUAAGUAGACAUAUCUGAGUAUCCGAUAUCUCUCCCUCUUACGAAUAUACAUUUGCAGCGUGUGCGUAAUCGGAGUUUUUAAAGAAUUUUAGCAGAAACUAUUGUUUCGAUGUGUUGGGUAACGUCGAGUACCCAACAUUAGAAUUCCACUAUCUUUCGGUAAAUUGGUAUUCGUUGCCCAGUGAUAAUAGUGGCUCCCCCCUUAAUAUGCGAACACUGAGUUGGAUAUCACACAUAUCGAGAUAUCACAUUAUCAAACUGUUGACGGACGAUGCAAUAGAAUUUCUUGAUUAAACAUAUCUUACGCGUCUGUCAAUUCGCAUUCGCUUGGAAUUUACUGGAGAAAUGAGAGUCGCAAACUCGGACGGUUGUAUCCGUAGACUUUGCAGCUGGUAGAUCCCGAUUUGCGCGUCGUUACAUCACACAUGAGAGCAUUGGGAGAGAAACAGUCCUCAAGCCUUUGUAUUUUGUCGUCAUCAAAAUUUAACAUCAAUUACUUGGAGAUUCUUGGAUUUUACAUAAUUUUCUAGACCAAAAAGAUAUAAGUUAACGUCCGUCAUGCGCGACAGGCACUCGCAUCGCAAUUAAGGGGACACAGCGAUACCUUCGCUCCCUUUGUGAACACAACUAUAGAUUACGUGUAGUGAUAACGUCAAUCCACAUGAAAAAAUUCCGAAGCGUGGCUCCGAUGCCCGAGAGAACGUAAAACGGUCCUUCCCGGCAGCUAACGAUCUUAGAUAGGCGGAUUAGAUUAAUUAACGUGAAUGUAUUACGUGCACUGAUACAUUCGACGGGACGCCUUAAUUAUCCAUCUUGUAUAUAGCAGUCGUCUGUAUAAUUUAACGGUAGAUCGGCAAUUUUUUACGUAUCGAUUCUACUCGAUUUUUAUUUGUGUCUAACGCGUUCAGCUGUAAAUACAAUUAAUUUGUCAUCCGUUGGUGUUUUCAUUUGUGACGAAUCGUAAAUUAUGAUUCAGAUUACCUUGUCAUUCGAACUCGCUAUUUUUUUUUUCGUAGUAGGCGGGAAAUUGCAUAUGUAUCUCGCAGCGUAUAUAUAUAUAUAUAUAUUUCUCAAAUCUUCUUCGAGAUAUUUAUAUGAAUAUGUCAAUUUUUAAGAACCAUACUAAUAAACUGCUCGUAUUGAGAACGGCGUUACGCUAAGGCUAAGAUUCUUUCAUUCGAGGUAUAUAAUACUGUGUGUGCUGUAUAAUAUAUCAUGUAAAUACAUGAGCGAUGAUGAAUAAGACAUGUCACGCGUAUGCUACGAACGCGAAAGGGCACUUGUGAGAAUUAGCGUACGCGAUUUUCCCUCGCAAACUUUUUCUCUCGCAAGAGUUUUCUCUCUGUAUUCUAUGUCCUCUAUUUCGAAUUUUCUUGGAUAUAUCCAGUUAUCAUCGUGAAUAUUUGCUUGUUAAGAACGUUGUAAAUCAUUCGUCAUUGAGGAAUGAUUUACGCCAACGAUGUUUGGUCGGUAUAAAAUUCUGCGUAAUUAAAUCAACAUAAAUUCACGUCGGAACGGAAGAGGGUGUCGCGCAAAUGACGAUAUUCCGCGGUUUCAUCGCUUAUUUAAGACAUACGCAUAUAUUGACACGAAAGGACGGUUGAGUGCGUUGACGAUGAAGGCAGGUUCAUUUCUACAUCGGAUACGUGGCUGAUCGCAGGCGAUGGCGGCGCGAUAAUUAUUAAUAUAGUUAUUAACGAGUUAUGGCGUACCUAAGUGUAAGGCGUAUGCGUUCGCGCGUGCAUGCAAUUGGAGAUUAUACAUAAUUAUGCGCGCACACAUACGUCUCGUAUAGAUAGACAUAUACAUAUUAUAUAUAUACAUGAAGAUUAAACUUACGUUAUCGAUAUACGCAUAACAUAUAAACCUCUGUCUUCCAAAUGCAUAUAUUAAAGUUACUUCGUGUGUAAAUAUAUUACGGAUAUAUCGUAUGUAUCGUAUUUCCAAGAUUCGUCGUCGUCGACGUGAGAAUGUGGCCGGCCGCGUUAUGACGAUUCACUAGAUCUUGAAAGGAUUUGAGUAAAUCUACGAAGCAGUCUUUAAACGAUUACCCUCUGUACAAUAUAGGGACGGUCUCUCGACAGACGCGAGUCUCCAGAGUUAGCAUUGUUAGAGCGCGUUUUCCUCUGGAGGUAGAUCGAACAGAUCGACAGAACAUCACGCAUGCUCGCGGUACCGUGAUAACUAGCACGAGAGUGGUCCACCUUAUAAUUACGGAGAUGUAUUUUUGUGCUAAAAGUCAAUCAUUAUCGUAGCGGCGAUUAUCGAGAUGGACGAGAGCGAUUUCGCGGUUUCGCGUCUCGCUAUACGGCCAACCUGGUCGGUUUUUCGGCUUGUUAGUCUUUGGCGAUAGUCGCGCGGCGUAGCUUGCCUUUCCGCAAAAUUGCGAGGGACGCGCGAUGACGCGAAACCGCUGAAUCGCGAAACUUUCAUGACGCAUUGGAAUGUCGUCGAAUUCUGAACAUAUCGCUUGUGUGACCUAUUAUAGCCGCAGUGUCAAGCCUCGUAACGAUUACUGCAAUGCGUGGCGUCGCCACGAGGACCGCGAGAGAAACGGGAGAGACGGAUUACCGAGAUUUCACGUAACUUAGCGACAUACAUCUACUAAAAUUGUAUCAUAUCGAUCAAAUAAAGGCUGUUAUACAAAUUCA